UUGACCAUCGAUUAAAACUAUGAAGUUGAGGCUGAGUGUAAGACUGUGAUCGUCAGCGAGUGCUGGGACGCAUCGGCAGACUCCUACACGCCCUUCCCUUUAAGAGCUCCGCCAGUUUUCAGGGUUGAGCAGCUCUCCGCUCUGAACUCCUCACUCUCUCACACUCACUCCGUCUCUCUGUCUUAUCACUCACUGCCUCCGCGCUGUUUUCUCGUGAAACGGUAUGCGCUAAACGGAUUUCGGUCUCCUCGCAACAUCAGCACGGAAAAUGUAAAUGGUAUAACGUACAGAAUAAGAUGAGGGACUGGCCUCCUCUUCCACUCUUGGUCAGUGUUACAGCUGCAGGCUAAUCCCAUAGCCCAUGUACACUAUGGCAACAAUUGAUCCGGGCUCAGAUGCAGAGGACCUGUUGGCUUCCAUUCACCUUGAGCGUUAUCUGGACGACUUCAGACAGGCAGGCUUUCUGCUGGCCCGGGACUUCUGUCAUGUUGACAAUACAGCUCUGAACAGGCUUGGCGUGACCGCCACCGGCCACAGGAAGCGGAUCCUCAAACUGGUCGAGCACAUUCAGCUGAUCUGCCAACAUCAAAGGAAGGACUCCCUGUUGGACCGCUGUAACUCAGAGUCAGCCAUUCAUGAGGUGAUGCCUGAUGAGCUAGCGCCUCUUUCUCCUCAAGGCAAUGUAGACACAACCUUUGAUGUUAUGCGAAACAGCUCAACACCGAAUCUGUCUGCCCUUGUGAAACGUUCACAUUCAGAGCGUAGCUCUGCCAUUGUGAAGCCUGUACCUAAACCUAGAACUGUAUUCAACAAACAAAGGGUGCAGCAGCCUUCUCCACCCACACGACAGGCAGCACAGAUCUGCCGAAGCUCCUCUCAGGAUUCUCAGAGUUCUGUAAUACUGGAGGUUUCUCCUGCUGAGGAACCCAGCCCUGGAUCUGUAGGCCCAAGACGGAACUUGUGUGGAGACAAUUUGACUAGCAGUAUUUCAGCCCCAGAGACUAGUGGACCAUUACCUCCAGUACCCCCAAGGUUCAACCGAGGGGUUCCCCCUUCUAACUUUAGAAGGAUGUCUGACCAGGAUCAGCUACGCACCCCUCCCCUGUCCUCCUCACCUGAUUCCCCUUCUAAUUAUCAGUGUUCUCCUUUCACCAGUACACCUGGAUCUCCUUCUAGCCCUCCAUGCUCAGGCCUGGAAAUGAUAUCCAAUGAAAUCUACUGUGGCACUUCACCUAGCACUCCACCCACUCUUUGGAGCCGCUCUGUACCCAUUCCUCCUCCGAGGCAAGAGCUCAACACAUCUACUGAAAGCAAUAGCACUUUAAACCACAUCUCAACAGAACCACCUAAACGGACAUUUGUGUCUGCAGACGAGCAAGAUGAGCUUAUCAGUCCAUACUGUGAAACUGUUUUCCAAAGCAAGCGACAAUAUCAACAUCCUGAGGUCGAAAGGUCCAAGGGUGGAGAAAAGGUUGGAACCAAAGAGUAUAAGCCAGAGGAGGAUCAUGGGUCCAGUCUCAAGCAUCAUUCCCACACGUCUUCUGGUGACUCUCCAGGCUACUGCACAGUGGGUGAUCCCUCAUCCGCCUCACGCUCCAUCUCACUGCCUCCCCGCACCCUGUUCUCCAGUGAAUUGGACGAGGAUCAAACCAUCUCCCCUUAUGCCAGCUACACCUCACUGUCUGAGCGGGCUGCGCCCAUCAUCAGUGGCUGGCUGGAUAAGCUCUCCCCUCAAGGGUAUGGCCCAUCAGGCCUACUGCUCUCAUCCUGUCUCUGCAUUUCCUCCCUUCUCAAGGCCUGUCUCUGCCUCCUGUCCGUAAUUUCCUGCCGGAAUUAUGUGUUCCAGAAGCGCUAUAUAAAGUUUGAUGGAAAAAACCUGAUGUACUAUGGCAGUGAAAAGGACAUGUACCCAAAAGGUGUGAUACCUCUGGCUGCUAUACAGAUGGCUCGGGUAGCUAAAGACAACAAAUUUGAAGUUGUAACAAGCCAUCGGACAUUUAUCUUUCGUGCUGACAAUGAAGUACAGAGAAGCAAAUGGUGCAGUGUGCUACAGGAGCGAGUGAAGGAGCAGAUGGUGUUUGGCCGGCCACGCUUUGGUCCAGGCAGCCAUUGCCAGAAGAGCGGCUUCUUAGAGCUCAAAGGGACGAAGUCAAAGAUCUACACUGCCAUUAUAACAGAGCAGAUUUGGCUGUACAAGAGUGAGCAGUGCUUUAAAACUGGAAUUGGAAUCAGUGUAAUUGAGGCCAGAGGUGCGACAAUCCGAGAUGGCAAGGGCAAAAGCUUUGACCUCAUAACCCCUUACAAGACAUUCAGCUUCACGGCUGAGUCAGAGCGCGAGAAGCGUGAGUGGAUGGAGGCUUUGCAGGAGUCCAUUGCAGAGACGCUCUCUGAUUACGAAGUGGCUGAGAAGAUCUGGUCCAACCGCUCCAACAAGGUCUGUGCUGACUGCAAAGCCAUCAAUCCCGAUUGGGCCUCCAUCAAUCUCUGCGUGGUCAUCUGCAAGAAUUGUGCAGGCCAGCACAGAAGCUUGGGCACAAUGGUGUCCAAAGUGCAGAGUCUGAAACUGGACACCAGCGUUUGGAGCAACGAGAUUGUUCAGCUUUUCAUAAUGCUGGGUAAUGAUAGAUCCAAUGAGUUCUGGGCUGCUAGGCUGCCAGCAACUGAGGAACUGGACUGUGAUGCUUCCCCAGAACAACGAAGAGAGUUUAUCAGCCAGAAGUACAGAGAAGGACGCUACCGCUACCCUCACCCCAGCUUCAGCACACAAGAAGAGUUACUUAAGGCACUGUGCACGGCAGUGACUGAACAGAACCUCCUCAAGACAGUCACGCAGAUUUUCGCUGAGGCGGAAGCAGCUCGUCUCUCCGACUCUAAUGGCCAUGAAAAGCACCUGUCCAUGCAUUACUCCUACAUGCAGGCUUCAGAUUCCAGCGUGUAUGAUGAGAUCAUGCAGCCGGUUCUGUAUUCAGGCUACCUCUACAAGUCAGGAUCCCUUAACAAAGGCACUUUAUCCCGGCGAACCAGAGAAGAUUUUCAAAAGUACUGGUGCUCUGUGGAGAAGUCCCUUUUGUUUUAUGAGUCUGAUAGGUGCCAUGAACCCAACAUGAAGAUUGAUGUCAAAGACAUCAUCUGUUUAGGAGUUAACAGGCCAGACUCAUGCAACAAUAACAAUGGCUUUAUUGACAGGUUUCGAUACACUUUUGAACUCUACCUAACAAAUGAAAAGCUUAUUCAGUUUGGCCUAGAGACUCCAGAUGCACUGCAAAGUUGGGCAAAAGCUAUUGGAAAGGCCACAACUCCUCUGAGCUGCCACUGCUUACUGGCGCGAGAGUUUGAGCGGGUGGGCAUGCUGCGCUAUAAGGCCAUGCUGGACCCACAGCAGUGGAAAGAAGGCUUCUUUGUCCUUCAGAAGUCCAACCUCUUCAUCUGCCCCGGAAACGAUGGGGCCGCUGAGGACAUCAUCAAUCUGAAACGCCUGCAGGAGCUGAGUAUAGCAUCUGAGACAGAAAACCAUGAAAAGAGGGACAUUUUGGUUCUAGUUGAGAAAGGAAGGACUCUGCACCUGCAGGGCAUGGGGCGGAUGGAUUUCUCUCUUUGGUACACAGACAUCCAGAAAGCAGCAGGAGGGAUGGCCAACACACUGAAGGAUCAGCAGCUCAGUAGGAAUGACAUCCCCAUCAUCGUGGACAGCUGCAUCGCCUUCAUCACCCAGUAUGGCCUGGGCCAUGAGGGGAUCUACAGAAAAAAUGGUGCGAAGACCAGAAUCAAGCUUUUGAUGGAUGAGUUCAGGAAGGAUGCCCGCAAUGUGAAACUACGUAUCGGGGACAACUUCAUCGAGGAUGUGACGGAUGUACUGAAGAGAUUCUUUCGUGAGCUAGAUGACCCCAUAUUCAUGGCUGACCUGCACCCCUACUGGAAAGAGGCUGCCAAGACAUCUAAUAAGACCCAGAGGUUGGAUAGAUAUAAGGAACUCAUCCGUGGUUUGCCACGGGUCAACCGGACCACUUUAGCAGCUCUCAUUAGUCACCUGUACAGGGUACAGAAGUGUGCUGACCUUAACCAGAUGUGCACUAAGAACCUGUCCCUGCUGUUUGCCCCCAGCCUCUUUCAGACAGAUGGGAAAGGGGAGCAUGAAGUGAAAAUUGUAGAGGAUCUUAUUGACAACUACCUCUAUGUGUUUGAUAUUGAUGAGGAGCACCAAACCCAGAUCGAACUGGAGAUAAGUCUCAUUACGACCUGGAAAGACACACAGCUCUCACAGGCAGGAGAUCUGAUUAUUGAGGUGUAUUUGGAGGAAAAAACACCAGACUGCUGCAUCACUCUGAAGGUCUCUCCCACUAUGUGCGCUGAGGAGCUGACUAACCAGGUGCUGUACCUGAGGAACGUUCCUGCUGGCGAGAAUGUGUGGAUGACCUUUGAAGUCAUUGAGGAUGGAGAACUUGAGCGGCCUCUUCACCCAAAAGAGAAGGUUCUGGAGCAAGCCCUACAGUGGUGUAAGAUGGCAGAUCCCAGUUCAGCGCACCUGUUGGUAAAGAAGGUUCCCAGAGGAGAGGCAAUAGACAUCUUUACAGCCUACAAGAGUGAGAUUGUGAAGUUUGGAGUUUUGAAGUGCCGAGAGGAGCCGCCCAAACUCCUGCAAGGGACCAAAUUCCAGGAGCGUGCCUUCCAAAUCCGAGACCACAAAUUGCACUUAAUGAAAGACAAGAAAAGCAACAAACCAGAAAAAGAGUGGUUACUGAAAACCAUGAAGAUUUACAUCGGUAUAAGAAAGAAGUUAAAAGCACCCACAAAAUGGGGUUUCACUGUGAUGAUAGACAAACAUCAGAUGUACCUCAGUUGCUCCAGUGAAACAGAGCUUUGGGAUUGGAUGACCAGUCUACUAAAAGCGCAGAACGAUGACUUGCGGCCGCCUGUGUUGAGACGCCACUCCUCCUCAGAUAUCUCCAAGCAGAAGUUUGGCACCAUGCCCCUGGUGCCCAUUAGAGGAGAGGAAAGCAACACCAACUCCACUAUGCUCUCUGCUAACAAGACUCUGCGGAAGCUUCAUGACAGGAGGACACUUUCAAUGUACUUUCCCAUGAAGGUGCAGCAGGACUCAGUAGAGGAGCGUGAUGAAAGCCCUGAGCCACUGUACGAGGAGGUGGGCGAUUUCAGCCUGCAGGUGCUGAAGUCUCUGGAGACAAGUUUCCGGACCAGCGCCCACGCUGAAACCCUGGAAGUUCCGUCCCGGCCCAUCAGCCUUGGCCAGAGAAAGACUGGCUCACUGGACCGCAUGAUCGGUCCAAAUCCUGUGCGUUGUCUUGGGGGAGAGGGUCUGCUGACCCCUGGGGGCUCUCUGGACACUCUAGUGCAAGAGGCGUCUCCCACAAGGCACAGCCAGGGCAGAUUGCACAGCCCCUCUCAAGAGCUGCUUCUUCAGGAACUCUCUACAGUUUUAAAAAAGCCACCGGCUGAGGAACACCAUAGUACUGAGAGCCUGAACUGAAUUCACCAAAACAUCUUGAGUCAGACUGCAUUGUUGUAUCCAUUCAACUGAAUGUACAGUCAAACUCCAGAGCAGUUUUUUCUGCUAGUGAGUUGAGCACAACUGUUAAACGGUUAUAUAAUGAAGUGACUGAAAUGUGCCAGUAUUAUAAACUUCAGAAAACGUACGUAAAAGAAACCUGUAAACUUGUACCAAAGCACUAACAAUAUUAGUAUAUAUGGUAAGUCUGGGUUAUAUAACUGAAAUAUACUACUGCACUGUAUAUAUUUUGCUCUUGCUAACAAAACCUGACUAACUAUUUAGAGUUGUAAGUGUUUACCAGAGGGAUCAAUUUUACAAGAUCUUUUUGGACCAAACUGAAAAUAGUUGUCAUCUCCCUUAUGUUAGUUGAAGGGGAAUUCUUCUAGUUUUUCACAGUUUCUGCAUAUUUCAAUCUUUGGGAUGCAAAGAAAGUCAUUCAGAGUGGGUUGAUGUGAAAUGGUGCAUCAUAGAGAAGCUUUUUUUGUUUUGGAUUUCUUUACAGUGGUGAUAGUUACUAGAUGUUGUGAUGUCUGCAACACAAAUAUAGCCAUUUUAUUAACAGGCAUAUGGGACCAGUGAACCUACAUGUGUCUUCUGAGUUUUUAUACACAAUGUUGGUAAUGGUAAGAGUGAUAAAUGUGAAAAAUAUGAUUUCUUUUGGGACUAGGGACAUUUUGACAUAAAACACCCUUUAUGUACUUUAAUGGAUCUUAAAAGUAAAUUUAAAAAGCAUAUAUUUUAGGCCAAAAUCUCAAAACUGUCAUAAAAUAAUGUUUCAGGCAUCAGGCAGUGUAUUUGUACUCAUUUUAUUUAAUAGUCUUUUAUGAGCUUUUAGUGGCAUUAAAUACUGCAACAUCUGGUUUCUGUCACCACCAUAGAACAAUUCUGUCUUGGUAAGUUUCUCUAGAAUGGCGUGUUUCACAUCAAGUCCAACAGGCAUGACAACAAAAAAAGUUGGCAAAAGCUGACUUGAUAUUGUUGUAGCAAAUUUAAAAAUAUAUAUAAAAUUCUUUACUAGGCAAAUGUAUUAAUUUUGGGAUUUUCACCUAUUUGCAUGUACAAUUUGUUGUAUUUAUUAAUUUAUUUUAUAUAUUUGCCAGCUUUCCUCAGCAUUCAGACACACUGUGAAGGAGUUGAAGUGGACGAUAUGCGAGCAGCAUGGAAUUUUUUCCAGUUUGACUGAACAGUAGAGGGCGCUGUAGAUCCAGCACAUAAUGGCUUGACAAUCUUGAAACCGCACUGUUGUAUUCCACUUAACCCUUUUCUACAGACAUUUACUUUGUACAGUUUGCCAUUGCUUAUUAGAUAUCUGUAUGCUCCUAUGUAAUAUAUAAUAGUUAAGCCUUUUGUCAAUGCAGCAUUCUUGUCUGAUUUUUUAAAAUAUUUUAAGUCAUUGUAAGUGCUACCCAUUGUUGGUCAUCAUCCUCAAGUGCAAAUUUUUUUGUUUCACUGUUUCAUUCACUUUUUACUCUGUGGUAUAUGCAUGCAGGUUAGGUAGUAUUGUGAUUACUGUUGUAUAUGGCAGCAUUCAUUCAGUGUUUUAAAGCUUGUGGUAGGAUUAAAUGCCAUUGUACACUGUAAAGAUUGAAUAUCCUAUAGCACUAAUUGCAAAAUGUUUUGGGUUUGCCAAAAGUGUUUCUGAAACUGGAAGAAUAUAUUGAAAUAUAUGACUACUUUUGAAAA